GUUCAACAUUAUAUCUUUAGAAUUUUUUUGACAGUCAAAACAAAUCUGGUUUUGUUAAACUACACAGAGCCACAAAAGAACUCAUCUGAGUACUAUAGACUGUGGAGAAUUGUGAUUGCACUUUGCUAAUGGCCUUAUACAUUGGAAUAUGUUUAGCUGUUGUUUAUGGUCUCACAGCCAUAACUGAAGCACAAGCUGAUAUGAAAGACAGUUGCCAAUGGAAGUGUCUGGUGUUUGCUCAACUGUGGCCAGGAUCAUUCUGUAUGACUUUUUCAAAGCAUUUUUGCAAGAUUCCAAAUCAGGUGGAUGGCUGGACGAUACAUGGACUGUGGCCAGAUGGGAAAGAAUUCUGCAAUCUUACUUGGAAAUUAGCUCAAAAAGAAAUUGGGAAUCUUUGGACCGAUCUGCACAAGUACUGGCCAAGUCUGACUACUAACAGUACUUUUAAGUUUUGGCAAAGUGAAUGGACUAAACAUGGCACCUGUGGAACCUGCGCUGACAACAUGUCUUGCCCAUACAAGUAUUUCAGCCUGGCGCUGGAACUUCGGAUGAAGUUCUCCAUCGAUGAAUUCUUAUCUGCUACUGGCAUCAAACCCUCAUGUUAUAAUGGUUACACGAAACGGCAGGUUCUUGUGCAAAUCAAAAUUCUCUUCAGCAAAGACCUCUCUAUCGGUUGCAAUACUUUCCAGGAAAAUUUUAUUCACCCUUAUUAUGAACCAUGUACAAACAAGGCUGAAAUAUAUUUGUAUCCUUUCACAGACCAUCCACAUAAUCCUUGUUCCUGAAGGAGUGUUUUUCUAUUCCCAACCUUCCAUGGUUGUAAGAAUUAGUUUGCUAUUGAGGGAAUUGUAUGAGACUCUAAUUUCAGAUCUUCACUUGCAACCAAACCACAAGCUAAGAUUCUUUCUCUUCUGAAGGCAAAUGCUGCAGCAUCAUAUUCCUGCACCAUUAUUUUGUCAGAAAAUUGUAUGCAGCCCAUUUUGAAGUGAUCAGUUUUUCUUUCAUUCUGUAUGUGUUUCAACUUAAAAGCUACUGGUUUCAGUAUUUUUGCUUUAACUGGAUUGAAUGUCAAUUAUGAAGAUAUAUAUUGGGCAUGCAUGAGUUUACAUUCUUUUGUUGUAUGUUGUUUUUGUGCAACACAAUAAAUAUUAAUGACUUGGACGUGGGGACCAAA